CUUUGAGAUGGGAGGAUUUUCCAUAGACUUUCCCACAGCCACUGUAGGGGCACUUGUGCCUCUUUUCGGAGGCGUGUUUCCCCUUCGCAGCCACUCCAGGGUGGAGGAGGGAGAGCGGGCUGGGCGCGCUGCCAGGAUCCUGUCUCUCCUCCGGGCUGUGGGAAGGACUCGACCCAGAUUCGGUGGUCACGUCGCUGUCGGAUCCCAUAUCCUCAUCUGGACUCUCCAGGCUGUCGCUGCACACCGAGGGGGUCUGGAUGGGUCGGUACUUGUUCAGGUCCAACAAGCUCUUGGCGAUGGUGACCAGCGUGCAGUAAUCCUUCCAGGUGUCCCCCGGGUCACCAUGCUCCUUGGUCACCUCGCGCUCAGGUAGUCGCAGCCGCUCGGCGUCCGGAGCGCCCCCAUGCUCCGGCACCGCAGCGCGGUUCGAAAUGGAAACCAGACACUGGGCAGCCACGAAGUCCAUGUAGGCGGCCGCGGACAUGGUGCGGGCGACAGCAGCCCCGGAGGCGCGGCCAAACUUGGCGGUGGCUGCGGAGGUUCGGCUCGCCGUGCCCUGGCCUCGGACGAUGAGCGCGGCGCAGCGCGGCGCAGCGGCCAAGGGGGCGGGGGCGCGGGGCGCUUCCGACUCGCAGGAGCGCCGAGGCGACCUCAGCCCCUCAUCUUUACGUAACCGGCAGCGCCUCCGCACGCAGCAUCCACGGCCCCGGGCUCCGCCGCGCUGCCGCCUCUCGCCGCCUCCGGUGCCCAGAGCCGGGCGCAAUCCCCCCGACGGGCGCACAGUCUGCUCCGAGCCGGCUCCCCUGGAAAGAUGCCACACGUGGCGGUCGCAAGUUUAUUCGACCGAAAACGCCCCCGAGGCGCUGGGAGAGGAAACUGCAAGAGAGUCAGAACAGCCUUUCGGUGGAGAGGUGCGUCUAGAACUGAGGCGUGCGGCCAAUCCGACAGUUCUGUUUCGAUGCCUCGUGCUACCUCUACAGCCUCGAACGCCGACAUUUAAAAGGGUAACAGCCGGGAGGCUGGAAAGGAGCAGCCGCGCAUCUUUGGGAGUGUCUCUCAAUCCCUUAGCCGGUCUAGGCCUCUUGGCUCACGUUCCAGCUUGCGGAGUGUGGGAUACACCUUCCCUACUCGGUUGCGUUCCUUCUUAUGACAAAAGAGAACUUCAGUUUCAUUUUCCAGCUCGCAAACAGUUAAGUGACUUCCUGCAAACGCUACAGUCCCAGCAACCAGCCUUCCAAUCAAAAGUAAGUUGGUUGAUGUCACUGACAUUGGCUCAGCCAAUCAGAAGGGCAUUCCGAAGGCCAGCGCUGCACACUUGUAAACGCGAAGAGCUGUAGUGAAACUGAACACAUCCUUGUACUUUGUGUUGAUGAUGGUAAAAUCGAGAUAUGUAUGGGAGGGCAGUGGUGAUAAAUAAAUGCAAAGUGAGUCAAUAAUUUUAAAAAAACAACUAAAUAUGUCAGGCCAAGUUGCUCAAGAAUAAACACUAAUGAGAAAGCA